GACGGAGGGAGUAUAUAGUAAUUGUAUAUGAGAUCCAAGCCUAGUUCAACAACUCGGCCCAUUAUAAAGCUCAUAAUCACUAAUGGGCUUUUCCUUAGUAAAUAAAAGAAAUGGACUGAAACUUUGUUACCCUAAUCAUUUUAUACGUUCUUUCGAGUUUCGACGCUUCUGUUUCACGCAGCCACUCUUUCAUAAGAGUAUAAAUUAAAAAUUAGGAAAUUUACAGAAAAAGAAAAUAAUUAACAACUUUUUGGGGAUUCGGGGAAAAAGGCAGACAUGGCUGCUGAUUUACAGUUGCCACCUGGGUUCCGAUUUCACCCAACCGAUGAAGAACUUCUGAAUCAUUAUUUACGCCGGAAAUGUGCAAACCAGUCGAUUGCUGCCCCAAUUAUUGCUGACAUCGAUCUCUACAAGUACGACCCUUGGGAAUUACCGGGGCUGGCUUUGUACGGUGAAAAGGAAUGGUAUUUCUUCUCUCAUCGGGACCGGAAGUAUCCCAACGGUUCACGGCCGAAUAGGGCCGCCGGAACCGGAUAUUGGAAGGCGACGGGAGCCCAGAAGCCGAUUCCGAAGGGGAACCCUAAUAACCCACUUGGAACUAAAGGGUCGUUGGUUUUCUAUGCCGGGAAACCUCCAAAGGGGGAGAAGACUAAUUGGAUUAUGCAUGAAUACAUUUUGGCCGGCGCCGAUCGUACUGCUCGGAAAAACGAUAAUAAUAAUCUCCGGUUGGAUGAUUGGGUGCUCUGCCGCGUGUACAACAGAAAGGGUAAAAUUGAAAAGCCGCAAGUGCCGAUUGAAGAGGAUGAGAAGCCAUUAAUGGUGGCGCCACCCUUACCGGAGGCGGCGCCGCCGGCUGCGGCGGCUAUUUACGCCGGCGCCGCGGAUUACAUGUGCUUUGACCCGGUUGAUUUGGUGACUAAGCUAUAUACUGGUUCGAGUUGUUCAGAGCAUGUGGUUUCCCCUGAAUUUUCAUCUAAUUGCGAGGUUAAGAGCGAGCCGGAGCUGAGCGAUUGGGAGAAAUUUGCCCUGAAUUUGCCGUUUAAUUCUGAUGACCCGGCGGUUGUGGAUUAAGUUAUAAGCGGAAGAAAUACGGUAUAUAUAUGGUAACAAUCAGAAGAACUCGAUUGGUUUUGGCUUAAGGUCUUUUACAUAUUUUGUUUCUACAUAACCCUUUUUUAAAUAGAACAGAGAAAAUUGGUUGUGUGCUUAAGUACUUCUUAGGUCUACGAUGUUUUGUUUCUACCGAACCAGUAGAGCUAAAUAGCUAAUUUAGGUCACGUAUGAUAUGGCUAAUCCCCAUCAGGGAGAACUAGGAAUAUGGAAAAGAGAAACUCCUCUAGCUUUAGGAGACCUAUGUUCAUUCUGGACUUUUUCAUUAUGUCUAAAAGAAACAAACAAUGUGAUUUGUCUGUGGAACUCAUUAUGUUGCAUUGUCGUGGUUAUUUUAAUACUCUUCCCAUCCUAAAAAAAUU